GAAGCAAAAGAAGCUAUGUUAUAUUUAGUUACCGACUUCAACAAUUAUUUUACCCAAAUCCAAAUAUAAGUGAGAUUACGGAGUUAACACAUUCUUUUACAAUUUUUUUAAAGUCUGAGAUCCGAGCCCAACCGGACGGUCGAACCAAAAUUCUCUCUCUCUCUCCUCUAUGUUAACUGGGCGUUGCAAUUUUGAUUCUUAGAAGAAAGGAUUCUGAGCUCCCAAAAGCCUUGGUUUCAGUUAAGAGGACUCUUGGGCUGCAGCAACAGUGGCUAAUAUUUGGGGUUUUUCUCUUUCCUCUUGUUUCCCCCUCUAUUUUCUUCUACUUUCUUCCCCAUCCAAACACCUCCUUAUUUGUACUAUUAAAUUGAUUUUCUGCCCCAUUCUCAAUUUCGCCUGUAUUAAACCCACCAUAUUUUUUCCUGCAAAUUUGCUGAUUUUUCUCCACUGUUCCUCCAAAACUCUUUCUGGGCUCUUAAUUGUCUGAGGUCUCCACAUGGUCCUAACUUUCUGUUGAUCCAAACACAAACCGUUAAGGCUCAAUUUCUCAUGGUUCAAUUCUGAUAAAGCAGAGAGGCCUUUUACAUGGGUGUUUCGUUUAAGAUUUCGAAAACCGGUAAUAGGUUCAAGCCGAAGCCUUGUCUGCAAUCAGAGGUUUCAGUUGAUGAUGUCUCUGAGAAUUCUAAAGAGAGCUCACGGCCUAGAAAGCUCCAGGGUGAUGUCAUUGAAGGUGGUGAGCGUGUUGGUGGGGUAUCUCAAUCAAUUGUUUCUGAUGAAAGGCUUCGUGUUCCCGCAGACCAUGAAAUUUCCUUCACCUUGAACCUGUACGUAGAUGGAUAUUCUAUUGGAAAACCCCCAGAGAAGGAGGCUUUGCAUCAGGCUACUGUUCAGGAUGCUCCAAAGUUGCAUCCAUAUGAUAGGUCAUCUGAAACUCUCUUCUCAGCAAUUGAAUCUGGCCGAUUGCCAGGAGAUAUUUUGGAUGAUAUACCAUGCAAAUAUGUUGAUGGGACACUCCUAUGUGAGGUGCGAGAUUAUCGAAAAAGUGCACCUCAACAAGUGUCUACCAUCCCAUCUAUGGAUGGAUCCCCUAUCAUCAAUAAAGUGCGCCUUAGGAUGUCUUUGGAGAAUGUAGUGAAGGAUAUUCCAUUGAGCUCAGAUAAUUCCUGGACUUAUGGUGAAUUAAUGGAAGCAGAGUCUCGGAUAUUGACAGCCUUGCAACCACGGCUUUUUUUGGAUCCUACUCCCAAACUGGAGAGGCUCUGUUCUAACCCUGUUCCAACUAUGCUCAACCUUGCUUCUUGUAGCUUGCGACGAAAGAGAUUGAGGCAUGCUCCAGAAGUUACAGUCACCUCUACUAGUAAGAUCCAUGGUAAGAAGGUUUGCAUAGAUAGAGUGCCAGAAAGCUCUAAUGGCAGGCUGGGAGAGGCAGGAAUUAUUUCAGGGAGUUUGAUGCCGCAACAAGUCCAGGAAAAUCUGACUUCUCAGAAUAUUGGUCCCAACAAUAUGUUAGCAUUAAGACCUAAAAGUUUUGUGCAAGAUUCGUCUGUUCCAGCACUUUCCAUGACAUCCCAGUCACCGAGGUAUCAAAUGGGGGUUGUGAAUGCAAGAAGCAUGCAGGAUCAUGGGUCUAGCUCUGUUAUCAAUCCAUCAACCGCCUCCCCUGCGGGGCAGGACAUGACAAUCUCAUAUGCUGACGGCAUAAACUCUGGUGCUUCUCUUCUUGGAAAGCGAGAGAAUCCAGAUGGUCCGAUGUCACCCUUAUCUGGCCUUAAUAAAAGAAAUAGGCUUAAUGCUGUGGGACCAGAUGGGAUUCCACAACAACAAAUUGGGCUGCAUAUGGAUGGCCACCAUGGACCAGAUAUGAGCUGGAAGAAUAUGUUGCUGCCCCAGCAAGCAAUGGCAAGAGGAAUUCAAUAUGCAAAUGCGGGCAUGCAGAAGUAUACUCAGCAGGUUUUUGAAGGGGUUGUGAAUCAGGAGACUGGUGCAAUGCCAUUUGCUGCAGGACAGCAAGCAUUGAGAUAUGGUGCCAAGGAAGAGCCAUUUGAUCCAGACAAGUUGGAUGGCUCUGAGCUCAAUCGGGAAACUGAUACUAACCAUUUGGACCAACAGCAGACACGACUUCAACCAAGAUUACCACAUGGAUAUGUGAGACCUGUUUUCCCUCAAACACCUUGGAACAAUAUUAAUCAGCAUGUUGAGAAAGAUGCAAGAAAGGAGGAACAGUUCCAAAAAAGGAAAUCAGUGCAAAGUCCACGUUUAUCGAGUGGGGCUUUGCCUCAAUCUCCGUUAUCAUCAAAAUCUGGGGAAUUUUCAAGUGGUUCCAUAGGACCUCCCUUUGGGGCUGUUGCAACAACCACUGCACUUGGAGCAUCUCAAAAGGAAAAGGCAGCGGUUAACUCAGUUCCUGCUGUUGGUGGUACCCCAUCUUUGACCUCAAGUGCAAAUGAUUCUAUGCAACGGCAACACCAGGCUCAAGUUGCUGCUAAGCGAAGAUCAAAUUCCCUCCCCAAGACCCCAGCAAUUAAUGCAGUUGGAUCUCCUGCAAGUGUUAGUAAUAUCAGUGUUCCACUAAAUGCAAGCAGUCCUUCUGUUGGAACCCCACCUUUAGCUGAUCAAUCAAUACUUGAAAGGUUCUCAAAGAUUGAAAUUGUGACUAUGAGGUAUAAACUCAACAGAAAAAAGAAGAAGGUUGAUGAGUACCACAUCCGGAAACCCAGCACACAUUCUCCUCAACAAGUAUCAACCUGUCUAAACAGUGUUUCCAAUAACGAGGAUUUUAAAGACAGUUCAACUCCACUAUCAAAGUCACUAUUUGGUGGCAGCAUGAAUACAUACAAGACAAGAAUCUUAAAUUUUGUGCAGGGUGAUCGUGUUGUUCAAGGGAAUGUGGUUUCUCUAGUUCCUAGGGUACGGACUAGAAUGAUAAUGUCUGAGAAACCAACCGAUGGGACUGUAGCAAUGAUUUAUGGAGACAUAGAUGAUGGUGACAUUAUUGGUGCGGAGGAUUAUAUUUCUUAUUUUCCUAUGCUUCCAAAUACUCACUUGGCAGACUUGCUUGCGGGACAGUUCUGUUCACUGAUGCUGCGUGAAGGGCAUCACCUUGUGGAAGAUAAUGUCCAGGCAAAACCAACUCGUGUGCUAAUGGCCUCAAGCAGUCAACAAAAUUCUGCUGCAACCUUUCCCAACAGUUCUGCAGUUGAUAUGCAGCAUACAAUGCAGCAGUAUGCUGAAGCUGUUCCAGGUCAGGCAACCAAUGAAGUGGCAAAGCCUAAUAGUAGUAAUAAUAUAUCCAUAAAUUCAUCCCCAAGUGCAUUAGGAAACGCUAGGAUGCUGCCUCCUGGAAACCCUCAGUCCUUACAGAUGUCUCAAGGACUCCUAUCUGGGGUUUCAAUGCCUGCAAGGCCACCACAACUAGAUGCACAACCUACACUUCAGUCACAGCCGCAGCCACAGCCACAGCAAGCUCAGCAGCAACAAGCAUCACAGCAGCAGCAGCAUCAGCAAAGUCAACAUGCCUUGCUCCAACAACAGCAUCAGCAUUUCCAGAGAUCACCAAUGAUGCUUGCAUCAAAUCCUCUUUCACACUUGAAUGCAAUUGGGCAGAAUUCAAACAUGCAGUUGGGUAAUCAAAUGGUCAAUAAACAUUCCCCUCUUCAGCUUCAGAUGUUACAGCAGCAGCAGCAACAACAGCAACAACAGCAGCAACAACAGCAGCAGCCGCAGCAGCAGAGGAAAUUGAUGAUGGGACUAGGAACAGCUGUCGGUAUGGGAAACAUGGGCAAUAACAUGGUCAGGCUUGGAGGCCUAGGCAAUGCCAUGGGAAUUGGAGGUGCAAGGGGAAUUGGUGGGUCUGGAAUCUCAGCUCCAAUGCCACCUAUUUCUGGGAUGGGAAAUAUGGGCCAGAACCCAAUUAAUCUUAACCCAACUUCAAAUAUUACGAAUGCAAUAAGCCAGCACCUUCGACCCGGAACACUAACACCUGCUCAUGCUCAUGCUCAUGCUGCUCUCAUUUCAAAAUUGAGGAUGGGCAGAGCAAACAUGUUAGGCAAUCCUCAAUCAAGCAUAGCUGGGAUGUCUGGGGCGAGACAGAUGCAUCCAGGGUCUGCUAGUCUUUCCAUGCUGGGCCAGAAUCUGAACCAGCCGAACAUGAACCCUAUGCAACGGACUGCUCUGGGGCCCAUGGGUCCUCCGAAGAUGAUGCCUGGGUUGAACAACCUUUACAUGAACCAGCAGCAGCAGCAACAGUUGCAGUUGCAGCAGCAGCAGCAGCAAUUGCAGCAGCAGCAGCAGCACCAGCAACAACAGCAACACUUACAGCAGCUGCAGCAUCAGCAAUUACAGCAACAGCAGCAGCAACAGCUACAGCAGCAGCAGCAACAAGAAACAACCUCACCACUACAGGCUGUGGUUUCUCCUUCACAGGUAGGCUCACCAUCAACCAUGGGAAUUCCACAACUGAACCAACAACCUCAGCAACAGCAAGCCCAGCAACAGGCCAGUCCACAACAAAUGAAUCAAAGGACUCCCAUGAGUCCACAACUGAGCUCAGGUGCUAUCCAUGCUGGCAACCCAGAGGCUUGUCCAGCUAGCCCCCAAUUGAGCUCCCAGACCCUUGGUUCAGUUGGUAGCAUCACAAAUUCUCCUAUGGAGCUUGGUGUGAACAAGAGCAACUCUGCUGGCAACACAUAGCAUGUUCUGAGUACUGCUUUUUUUAUAAAUUUUCUUUAAAGCUAAUGCUUGAGCGGCCUUGGUUAUAAGCCAUCCUUCUCCAAGAAGAAUCUGUAAAGACAAUCUUGCUGGCAUAUGGUCUGUCAGUGGAAAGCAGUUUGAUCAAAAGGACUGAGGUACUGUUUGAUAAGUGUUAAAAGCUAAUUCUUGAGCCGCCUGCUAUCCACGGAUGAUUUACAAUGGGGGCAGCGGUCCCCUUUGAAAUCUUAAAAACUUCGAGUUGUUGGGUGUAUGAAUAACUAAGAAAAGUUUUUGCACUGAUUAUUGGUGGUAUGUAAUUUCUUGUAAGAGAUGGGUCUGAAUCCCUUUCUCUCAUAAUAAUAAAAGUUUAUAAUUUUACCUCCGACAAA